CAGCAGGGGAGAGCCCCUGUGGGAACUGCCUGCCCUGGCGUUCCUGGUGGAGGUCCUGCACUGCCUGAACCCCAGACAAUGUGGGCCCAGCGUCCUGCAGAUUAUUUCCAGGCACCUGCGCAGUCAGUGCCCGGAGAGGCGUCGCCUGGCGCUCCGAGGCCUGGUGGUGCUCAGCAGGGAUCCCACAAUGGCUAAGAGCAUGCGGAGCCUGAGUGAAAGCCUCCUGGAGCUACUGCAGGAUGCAGACACAGACGCAGUUCAGAUGACCCUCUCCGCGUUCAUCAACGUGCUGCACUUCCAAAUCGUCAUAAUAUCCACCCCCACUGCCCUGAAGUUGCUUGAGGCUCUGCGGCCACUCUUUGACAACGAGCACAGCCAGCUGCAGCAGCUCUCCAUGCUCCUCUUCCAGGAGCUGAUGGAGGCGACAGAGAGGAGCAAGAGCCUAAAGCCACACGUGUACCUGAGUCUGGUGCCAUUCUACUUCAACUGGCACAAUGAGAACCAGCGUGUGGCAGAGGCCUCUUGGAGAGCACUGUUUGGUGCAGCCAGGUUCCUGAAGUGGAGAGAUCUUGAGGACUUGGUGACCAUGGAGCAGCCGUGGAGGUUUCCCGAGUGCCUGCUGGAAAAGGACAGGAGCCGAGUGGGCCAGUACGUGCGCCAGGCCCUGCCGUUCCUGGAGAGCCCAGAGGAGCCCCUUCGAAAGCUGGCCAUCAAGUUUCUGGGUGAGCCACAAGGUCCCUCCCCGCCCCGCUGCAGCUCGGCCCCAGCCCCGGCUGCUGCAGCGGCAGCAGGAUGCGGCCCAGGGCAUGUGGAGCCCCGAGUGGCCCCGAGCGCCUGCUGCCGCCCUGUGCCAGCCCAGCCCUGGGGCGUCCCCAUGCGGGAAGGCCCCGGGCUCAGCCCUGCCAGGGCAGGAGGCCGUGUGGCCGGGCUGGCAGCGCCGCUGCGGGGGACCUGUGCCUCUGGGGCCUGACAGGCUCUGUGUUCCCAGGGAUUGCCGCCAGGUCCA